AGGCGUCCUUUCCUCCUCAGGACGCGAAGCCGUAACUACUGUGACCGUGGAGGAGACGCCGCCGCCGCCGCCGCCAUUAUUAAUAUUAUUGUUACUAUUAUUAUUGUGAGGGCUGGUGACGCCUCCUCAGCCAUGGCUUCGACUUCGUGGGCGCCGAAGGUCUUUCGUUUACUAGGGGGUCUCAAAAGCCAAAAACAGGUGACCAGAAGUUUUGGUACUUCUGUUCAGACAGUAACUUUGAUCCCAGGAGAUGGUAUUGGACCUGAAAUAUCUAAUGCUGUUAGGGAGAUUUUUGAGGCCGCAAAGGCUCCUGUUCAGUUCGAAGAAAGAAACGUGUCUGCGAUCCAAGGACCAGGAGGGAGAUGGAUGAUCCCUCAAGAUGCCAAGGAAUCCAUGGACAAGAACAAGAUAGGACUGAAAGGCCCUUUGAAAACACCGAUCGCUGCUGGCCACCCGUCGAUGAACCUGUUGCUCCGUAAAACGUUCGACCUUUAUGCAAAUAUCCGUCCCUACGUGUCAAUCGAAGGCUACAAAACCCCGUAUGCAGACGUUGAUAUUGUCACAAUACGGGAGAACACAGAAGGCGAAUAUAGUGGAAUUGAACAUGUGAUUGUUGAUGGCGUUGUACAGAGUAUCAAACUCAUCACGGAAGAUGCAAGCAAACGCAUUGCUGACUUUGCUUUUGAAUAUGCCAGAAACAAUCAGAGAAGCAAAGUUACAGCCGUGCAUAAAGCAAACAUUAUGCGAAUGUCUGAUGGAUUGUUCCUGAGGAAAUGCAGGGAAGCAGCAGAAAAUUGUAAAGAUAUUAAAUUUAAUGAAAUGUAUCUCGACACUGUGUGUCUGAAUAUGGUGCAAGAUCCCUCAAAGUUUGAUGUCCUUGUUAUGCCAAAUUUGUAUGGUGACAUCUUGAGUGACUUGUGUGCAGGAUUGAUUGGAGGCCUUGGGGUCACACCAAGCGGGAACAUUGGUGCUAAUGGGGUUGCAAUAUUUGAAUCGGUUCAUGGCACAGCUCCUGAUAUUGCUGGGAAAGACUUGGCAAAUCCGACAGCCCUUCUCUUGAGUGCGGUUAUGAUGCUGCGGCACAUGGGAAUGCAAGAAUAUGCCAACAAAAUAGAGUCUGCAUGCUUCGCUACAAUUAAAGAUGGAAAGGUUUUGACCAAAGAUUUGGGAGGCAACGCCAAGUGUUCAGAGUUCACAGCAGAGAUCUGCCGCAGAGUGAAGUCAGAGGAAUAAAACCUCUUCAUAUCAUAUUGAUUCCAGUCACUCCUGAUGGAUGCUGUUACUCAAACCCAUUCGCUGUCUGCAGAGUAUUUCCAUUUUGUUUGCCUUUCUCUAAGUCUAGAGGAAAGCAAACUUUUAAAGAUGGCCCCUUUUUGUUAAAUAAAUUCAGCCCAAGGGAUUCUUGUGCCUGGUUUUUGUGCACACUUUCCAAAUAUUUGUCUUCCUUAUUUAUUACACUUUUCUUUUCUUGGUAAAAACAAAUAUCUGUUAGCAAAUACUGCAUGAAGUGUUCAAAUGUCUUUGAAACCUUCUGCUUUUGGAAACACUGGAUGUUAAGUCCCCAGACAACAAGAAGAGUGUGUGUGUGUUUAAAAAAUCAGGGCAAUUUUAACGGAAGCACUACCUAUUUGGGCAAUCUAUUAUCCAUGAUGAAUGUAGAAAGCUUUUCAGUGUUUUAAAAGCACAAGACCUUUUUGUUACUAUUAAUAAGUACUUUCCAUUUCCCACUGGCACCUGAAAGCUGCCCUUUGAAAGCAUCAAUAAAGACAUUUUAAACUGUGGAAACAUUAAAUAAGUUACAGCUAUUGUAGAUAAAAUGCUAGAUGUCCAAACUUUGAGGCUGAAGGGAUACUGUUAAUAGUAAAAGAACCAGAUGUCCCAUUAGACACACCUUUUAUCACUUGCUCUGGCAUCCUUCAGUGAUAUGUGGAUUUUGAUCUGCCGCAGCUUGAAAAGGGAAUGUUAAUGCUUUUCUGUUUAGAUGAACACCAAAUAUAUGUAUCUGAAAGCCUUUUCUAUUGUGCUUGAAGUUAUAUAGAUAAUAUAUAUGGUUUACAUUUAAAUGUUGCUAUUCUGUAAUUAUUGGAUUGCAAGCCACUCAAACAGAAGACAAUUAAAACAGGCACUAUAUGUGAUGAGGGAUGUGUAGUUGCCACUAAAAACAGCAACUCUGUAUCUCCUCAAUGAUAUUUAACCAUUCAAAAUGAAUGGCGUGGCAUCAUUGUUGUGAAGGGUUUCUUUCUCCACCUCACAUGCCACACAGCAGAUGAAAGGUAACCAGAGACAAGGAAAUUUAAACCAUCAUGGAAUUUUUCUGGAGGAGAUGUGGGGAUAUUGUGUCUAUUGGCAUCUGUACAUUUUCCAGCAUUUGCAGUUGCUGCCUUAGUAAAAGGAAAUGUACAAAUUGUUAGGCUUUGCCUGAAAGAUGUUGGAAGUCAUAAUUUGCUUUCCUCUGCGCAUUAUGUUGUGGGCAUUGUGUGGCAGAUCUUGGCCAUUCCAUGCCCAAAUUUCCCUCCAUUGUGUGUGAUGUCCUCCUUGUUUGUAUCCAAGGGCUGAUACAAAGAGGUACUUUUAAGCCUUUGGGUAGCCAACGGCUGCCUACCUUGCUGGGUUUUGUUCCCCGCGUGUUGAAUAAAACCACGCAGGAUUGCUUUGCCUUGUCAUUGCAGUUCCCUGUUGGGCGUUGGAACACCUAAGAGAUAGUCAUGAGAACAGUAAGGUUUUGGGAAGCUUGUUCUUUUUUCAUGUGUUUGCUUUUGCACUGAGAGAUGUUUUGUACCAUAUAGUAACUCUUUCAUCUCUCAAUGUGAGCUUCUCCGAACCUGGGAACAGAGCUCUUGCUUGAACUGAAUGUGUAUACUUUUGCUGCUGCUACUGUCUGUCUCUUGGAUUGUACAAAGUGACUGGGAUUACCUUUUGCGCACAAAAGUGAGGAAUAAAGACCUCCAAAAGCCA